AUGUCGACUCAAGCCAACUGGCAUUCAGUCACUGGUAUUGCCACACUAUUACUCGAUGGAAACCUAAUUGCUAUCGCCAUCGCUAUUCUCUUCACAUUCGGUGUACCAAUUACCCUCCACAUCAUCUUUUUCCAAACCGUAGCAUCUCCGCCCUCAAGCAACUUUCUACUUUUGGGUCCCAGUGGAGCCGGCAAAACAGCUUUCGCUACAUUGCUCGAAGCCAAGUCCUCCCCCGCCUCCAACAAGUCGCACGCAACCCACACCUCCCAAAAAUCCACCUUGGUUACAGUAACCCUCCCACCGACCGUCCCCACUGGCUCAAACCGCUAUCGCUCCGUCAAUGAUCCCUCACUGAAAGAGGCCGUUCGCAACCCCAUCAGAUACCGUGUCUGUGAUACCCCUGGCCAUGGCAAGCUGCGCGUCUCACAGGGUCUCGCUGAGCUCCACACUAUGGCUAGUUCCAAGGAUGUUAUGACCAGACUGCGCGGUGUGAUCUUCAUGGUUGAUACCGCUGCCCUGGUGGAUGAGACUACACUCCGCGACACGGCAACCUACCUGCAUGACGUCCUUCUCGUUCUCCAGAAGCGCGCAAAGAACGGCUCCUCUAGUAAACGGACCACGGAGAUUCCUGUCUUGGUCGCUGCUAACAAGCAGGAUCUCUUUACCGCGCUGCCACCUGGUUCUGUGAGGGAGAAGUUGGAGGCGGAGAUUGAGCGCAUACGCUUGUCGAAGAACAAUGGCCUGCUGGAUGCUGCUGAUACCGGGUUGGAGGAUGAUGAGGAGAUUCUUGGGAAUGAUGAGAACGAGGCCUUCAGCUUUAAGCUGCUGGAGCAUGAAGUCGGCGUCAAAGUUGAGGUUGUUGGUGGUGCCGUGAAGGGUGACCAACAGGAGGAGUUUGGGUCUGGGGUUCGUCGCUGGGAAGAAUGGGUUGGUAUGUGUUUGUGA